AUGUCUGGUGACUACCCAAAACACCCCUUCUUGCUGACGGUCCAAGAGACCGCGCAGGCGCUCGGAGUUGACCCCGACAAGGGAUUGUCUUCGCAGCAAGUCCAGCAGGCUUCGGACAAGUACCCUCCCAAUGAGUUCGAAGUUGGCGAGUCGGUGCCAUGGUACACAAUUCUUAGCAAGCAGUUGUUCAAUGCCAUGGUGCUCGUUCUCGUCUUCGCCAUGAUUCUGAGUUUCGCCAUCAACGACUACAUCGAGGGCGGCGUUCUUGCCUUCGUCAUUGUCGCCAACGUCACCAUUGGUUUCUGGCAGGAAUACCGCGCCGAGAAGCAGAUGGAUGCUCUCCGCACUCUUUCUGCCCCCUCUGCCAACGUUCUCCGCGACGGAAAGACCAAAGUUAUUCCCAACGCUGAAGUCGUCCCUGGUGACAUCAUCCUUCUCAAGAUGGGUGAUACAGUGCCUGCCGACAUGCGCAUGUUCGAGGCUAUGAACCUGUCUUGCGAUGAGCAGUCUCUUACCGGUGAAGCUCAACCCGUCGAUAAGACCACCGAAGCCAACAUCAUGGUCCCUGGCUCUGAGAAAAAGGCCACGGAAGAGGGCGAAGUCGGUAUCGGUGACCGCCUCAACAUCGCAUACGCCACAACAAUCGUUCGCAAGGGCCGUGGUCGCGGUAUUGUGGUUGCUACUGGCAUGCAGACCGAGGUCGGCAAGAUCGCUGCAUCUACCCAAAAGAAGACGCGCAAGCCCGGUCGCUCCAUGAACUACAAGAAGUACGGCAAACGUCAGCCCGUUGUUGGACUCUCUAGACGUGUCUACGAUGCUGUUGGCAAGUUCUUGGGUCUCACUGAGGGUACCCCUCUGCAGAAGAAGCUGGCCGCUCUGGCCUACCUUCUUUUCGGUUGUGCCAUUAUCCUGGCCAUCAUUGUCUUCGCUGCUCACAAGUUCGAUGUUACUGGCGAAGUCAUCAUCUAUGCCGUUUCUCUCGGUAUUGCCAUCAUCCCGGAAUCUCUCGUCGCGGUCCUCACUAUCACAAUGGUUGUCGCCGUGACGGUCAUGCGAAAGUCUAACGUCGUCGUCCGAGACCUUUCUGCUCUCGAGGCCCUUGGUGGUGUCACCAACAUCUGCUCCGAUAAGACUGGAACCCUUACACAGGGUGCUAUGAUUGUCCGCAAGGCUUGGCUUCCCUUCUCCCACACCUACACUGUCCGAGACUCGCAAAGCCCCAACGACCCGACCAAGGGUCGCGUCACCCACUCGGAGUCAAAGGAGCAGGAGAAGGUCGUCGAUGAGGCCCCCAAGCGCGACUACGAUCAGGAGCGAUCUGCCGCUGUUCUCAAGUUCGAUGUCCCCGAGGAGAAGCUUCAGAACAAACAGCCUGCGAAGGCGCCUGAGACUGAGAAUGAGGCCGAGAUGACCCCGCGCCUCAAGGCUUUCCUCCUGUCUUCCGCUCUCUGCAACCUGGCCACUGUCCGAUACGAUGAGGAAGAAGCCAAGUGGCAAACUACGGGCGAGCCCACAGAGAUUGCUCUUCAAAUCUUUUCACACCGCUUCAAGCUCGGAAAGAAGUCCCUCGAGGGCCUGGGCUGGAAGCAACUUGCUGAAUUCCCCUUUGACAGCUCCAUCAAGCGUAUGUCUGUCAUCUACGAUAUCCCCGAGAACGACGAGACUGCCGAUAUCUGGAGCCCCGAGAACAGUUUGGUCUUCACCAAGGGUGCCGUCGAGCGCAUCCUUGAUCUCUGCACCCACAUCGGCUUUGGCGAGGACAGACAGGAGCUCACCGACGUCUUGAAAGAGGACGUUCUCAGCCAGAUGAACGAGUUGGCCUCCCAAGGCCAGCGAGUUCUCGCCAUCGGCUGCCGCGACUGGAAUGGAAAGUUUACCACCAAGCAGGCUGACGUCGCCCAGGAGAAGGAAGAUGCUCUGCGUACCGAAGUUGAACAGGGUCUUACUCUUCUUGGUCUCGCUGGUAUCUACGACCCUCCCCGCCGAGAGACUAAGCCAUCCAUCGCCGAAUGUUCUUCAGCCGGUAUCAAGGUCCACAUGCUUACAGGCGACCACCCCGAGACAGCCAAGGCUAUUGCCAAAGAAGUCGGCAUCAUCCCCAAGAACCUGGGUGUUCUCCCCGACGAAGUAGCCAAAGCUGUUGUGCAGAAGGCCACGGAUUUCGACAAAAUGACUGAUGCCGAAAUUGAUGCCAUGCCCGAGCUGCCUCUGGUCAUUGCCCGUUGUGCUCCCGAUACCAAGACUCGAAUGAUCGACGCCCUCCGUCGCCGCAACGCCUUCAUGGCCAUGACUGGUGAUGGUGUCAACGAUGCCCCUUCCUUGGCUCGUGCUGAUGUCGGCAUUGCCAUGGGCUCUGGUUCUGAUGUUGCCAAGUCGGCCUCCAAGAUUGUGCUCACGGACGACAAGUUCAAUUCCAUCGUUUCCGCCAUUCGCCAGGGUCGUCGCAUGUUUGACAACAUCCAGAAGUUCAUUCUCCAUCUUCUCAGCUCUAACGUUGGUGAGGUUAUUCUUCUGUGCUGCGGUCUUGCUUUCCGCGACGGUGCCGAUCUGUCCGUCUUCCCAAUUUCUCCUCUUGAGAUUCUCUGGAUCAACAUGGUUACCUCAUCCUUCCCCGCCUUCGGUCUGGGUCGUGAGCAGGCUGCUUCCGACGUUAUGCGCAAGCCCCCUCAGAAUAAGAAGCGCGGUGUCUUUACCAACCAGAUCAUCAUUGACAUGAUUGUGUAUGGUAUCAUCAUGGGCGCCUUGACCCUGGCCACUUUCAUCAUUGUCGUCUACGGAGCCAACGGCGGAAACCUGGGUUCCGAGUGCAAUAAGACCUUCACCGAGGCUUGUAGACCCGUCUUCCGUGCCCGCGCCGCUGUCUUUGCCGAGCUCACCUGGAUCAUUCUCAUUUCUGCCUGGGAGUUCAAGAAUCUUCGCCGCUCCAUGUUCCGUCUCAACCCCGACAGCAAGAGCAAGUUCCCCUUCUUCAAGGACAUUUACGGCAACAAGUUCUUGUUCUGGGCCGUCAUCAUCGGUGCCCUGUCUGUGUUCCCUGUCAUCUACAUCCCGACCCUCAACACCACACUUUUCAAGCACAUUGGCAUCACCUGGGAGUGGGGUAUUGUCGUCGGAUUCACUCUCCUGUACGUCGUUGGCGUCGAGGCUUGGAAGUUCGUCAAGCGCACCUUCAACCUUCUCGACGACCACCAGGUCGUUCGCGGUGCCUUCAGCCAGGGUGGCGAAGACGAGGGCCGCGACUUCAAGAAGACCAUCACCUUCAGUUCUUUCAAGAGUUGGCACUCUUUCGGCCGCAAGGAUACUGGCGAGUCGACUGGCCGCCGUAGCCGCUCCCAGCACCGCACCAACACCAACCUCUCGGGCGAUACCCACACUGCUGAUGCUUCCCCGAGCAACAGCAAUGACGAGAAGGCGCGCAUGGCGGGCGGUGAGUGCUGA